GCCGCGUUGAAUGCGAACAGGAAAGUUCUACAAACGGAAAGAAUCAUCCUCUCGAAGAAAUUCAAAAACUAUACAAUCUAUCAUUCAACACCUAUCCAUCUAUAAUCUAUCUCUCUCUCUCGCUUUGAAUCUGUCCUGAUGUUUUGGGUUGGCCGCUUUUAAUCCAUCGACCGUCACUAGGACCUCGCCGAAAUCGAUUCAUAUCAUAUCAUAACAUAACAUCCUCUUGCUUGGGAUCGAGUUUCACAAUUCAACUCGUUAUUGUUUUCUGACAGCAGAUUUGUUGUGGUUAUUGCCCAGCAUUAUUCCUUGAUAUCAUUGAUAAUAGUAAUACCACGUUGAGAGGCUAGCUCGUUCAAUUUGAAUCGCGACGAGAAUCCAGAAGCAGAGGCUGAUUGGAAAAUGGCGGGAAAUGAUGAAACCAUGGAGGUGGAGUUGUCUAACGGGGAUCGGUACGGCGGUAAGGUCAAGCAGAGGCUGAAGGAUCCGACCAAGAAAACGAAGGAAAUGCUGUCGAAGCAAGCAGUUCAGACGAAGGAGAUCUUGUCCAAGCAGGCCGUUAAAAUUGCCAAGCAGGCCGAGGAGCAUGAGCAAUUCAUCAACAAGGUGACACAUUUGCUCGGUGUUCUUGGUUUCGGAGGGUUCUGCUUCAUUUUGGGUGCAAGGCCGCAAGAUGUUCGUUAUCUGUACUGUUUGUUCUAUGUGAUUUUUGUGCCGCUAAGGUGGAUUUAUUACCGUUACAAGAAAUGGCACUAUUAUCUUCUGGAUUUUUGCUAUUAUGCAAAUACCAUCUUCUUGAUCAUGCUUCUGUGUUAUCCCAAAAAUGAGAAGUUCUUCAUGGUUUGCUUCUCGUUUGCUGAGGGGCCGUUGGCUUGGGCACUAAUUGUUUGGCGAUGUAGCUUAGUGUUCAACUCCAUGGACAAAAUUGUGAGUGUAUUUAUACAUCUUUUGCCCGGCUUGGUUUUCUUCACAAUCCGGUGGUGGGAUCCGGUGUUCUUUGAAGCCAUGCAUCCAGAAGGAACUGCUCGACGAGCAUCAUGGCCGUACGUGGAAAGCAAAGUGAAUCUAUGGACAUGGCUGUUCUUUGUCCCACUAGUUGCUUACAGUGUGUGGCAACUCCUAUAUUUCCUCAUCGUCAACGUCCUACGCCGUCAAAGACUUCUGCGAGACCCCGAGGUCAUGACUUCUUACAGGGAACUUUCCAAAAAGGCUCAGAAAGCAAACAACAUAUGGUGGCGAUUAAGCGGAAUGCUCGGGGAUCAGAAUCGAAUGUUCAUGUACAUUCUGCUCCAAGCAUUGUUCACGGUAGCGACAGCGGCCCUUACAGUCCCAAUAUUCUUGUCCUACGAGCUACAUUGCACUUUCCAACUACUCAAAGUGUCGGCAGCUGUUUGGAACGGCGGUAACUUCUUGCUAGAAGUGAUGCCGCGACAGGUCAUUCUCAAGGAGAAGAAGAAAAUUGAAUUGCAGCCGAUUGAGCCCCAGCCCGACCCGUCAUCUAUGGAUCAGUCGACGAACACAGACAAUGCUGCCAAUGAGGUGAUCCUUUCUGACUAACAGUUUAUGAUCAAAUUAAAAAGUUGCAAAAGAUAUCGUUUGAAUGUAAUUUUCUGCCGGCCGGGGACUUGUUUUCGAUGAACUUGUCGUGUUUUCGGUAUUAUUUUCUGGUGGCCUCCUCCAUGGUUGUUAUUGUUGUGUUGUGUUGUGUUGAUGAUCAAUUUGUAUAAUGUAGCAGUAGUUGUGUUUUGUAGAUAAGCUGUAAGGGAAUCUAACACUUCUCUUGUGUUUGUUUUGUGUGUUCUAGAAGUAGUCUUGUUAUUUCA